CAGGGCCGGGCUUGGGUGGGGUUAGGGAGCACGGGCCCCUGUGAUGGCCUGGGACCGUGACCGGGGGUAGACGAGGUUCCAGGGAGCUCCUGGGGCGCGGCGGAGCUCCUGCGCUGGGUCAGGGCCUCCACUUACGGCCGAAGUCCCAGUGGCCCCUCGUGGGCUAAUGCAGGGGGCUGGGGUCAGUCACUUGACGGGGUUCCCUGGGCUCUAAUGUCCAGAGCUGCCUGCAGCAUCUGCUGGGGCCCUUGAGCCAUGGAGCUGGUGCCUACUGAUGACCCCCCUGGCUCAGACAAUGACUCAGACACUGAGGCCAGGCCUGACCCAGAAGCACAGGCCCGCGAGUACAUUGCCCGGGUGCUGGAGGCCCCCCUGGCACCCCACCCAGCUCCCCCUGACGUAGGGAGCAAGGUCUGGGCACCUGCCCUCCCCCCACCAGAGCUGAAGAAGUCUCCAGGCGGGGCUGAGGCGGUGGAGGGGGGACUGCUGGGGCUGCCCCUGGAGCUCAUCCUGGAGAUUUGCUCGUACCUGGAGCCGCGUUUCGUGCUGGAGGUGCUACCCCGUGUGUGCCGGGUUCUGCUGGGUGUCGUGCGGGACACAGUUACCUGGCGCAUCCGCGUGCAGAAGAGGGUCUGUGCCAGCUACCCUGUGGUGGAAGAGGAUGACUUUGACUGGCCGGCAGCCUGUGUGGAGCUCGAAGAGCACCUACAGCACUGGGGGGGAAGCGGACACUGCACCCAGCACUUCUCCCUUGCUGAUGGCCACUUCGCCUCUGUUGACUCUGUGCUGCUGCUGCAGGGCGGAGAGCUCUGUGUCUCAGGUUCCCGUGACCGCAAUGUGAAGCUGUGGGACCUGCGGGAGCUGGGCCGGGCACCUGACAAGGUGCUGCUGAAGGCACUGGGCACUGAGCGCAACGGGACACACAAGGGCUGGGUGUGGUCUCUGGCUGCCCAGGACCACAAGGUCUGCUCAGGCUCCUGGGACAGCACUGUAAAGCUGUGGGACAUAGAGGCCGAUGGGCAGCAGUUUGGGGAGAUCAGGGGCAAGGCAGCGGUGUUGUGUCUCUCCUACCUGCCUGACAUCCUGGUCACUGGCACCUAUGACAAGAAGGUGACAGUGUAUGACCCCCGAGCCGCCCAGGCCCUGGUGAAGAGUCGCAGGCUGCACUCGAGUGCUGUCCUGUCGCUGGCAGCUGAUGACCGCUUCAUCCUGUCAGGCAGUGAGGACCGGACCCUUGUGGUCUUUGACCGCCGUGCUGCUGCUGUCUUACAGCGACUCCAGCUGGACUCCUACCUGCUCUCAAUGUCCUACCAGGGACCACAGCUCUGGGCAGGUGACAACCAGGGGCUGCUCUAUGUCUUUGAGAACCAGGGAGGCAGUUUCCAACACAUCCGGUACUUCAGCGUGGGCCACCGCUCCCAGAUCACCGGAGUGCGGUACUCCCGGGGCACUUUGUAUACAACCUCCACCGACAAGACCCUGCGGAUCCACAUCCCAACAGAUCCUCCACAAACAAUCUGCUCCCAGACACACAACAAUGUGCUCAAUGAGAUCAGCGUCGAGGGCAACAUGGUGGUAGCUGCCUCAGGGGGCCUGUCGGUGGAGGUCUGGCGCCUUGGAGGAGCCUGACCUACCAUGGAGCUGAAACUGGGACCUGCCCCAUGCUGCUUUGGUUGUCAGGGCUGCUGGGUUGGACAAGGCAGGGCAGGCCAGAAUGGACAUCGCUGCCAGGAGCUGGGGGGUUUAAGAGAAUUCAUCACACAGGCACCCCCUAUUCCCCCCCCCUUCCUCUACCCAGACCCCAAAAACCAGUUGGGGGGCUUUGGGCUGAGUUCUGCCAGGGCCCUCAUUAAAAACUCCUGCCAAGCCGUGUUCACUACCUUUAUUUUCACUCCAAGCCUGGACAUAAGUGCCCAGACCCUACCAGGGUCCUGAGGAAGGAGUGAGGAGGACUGCAAGGGCCCCUCAGAGGAUGGUACAGGGCUUCCUGUCCUUGAAGGGGUUGGCGGAGGCUGGUGAGCAGUGGGUCAUGCUGGGCCUGCUCCUGGCAGCACAGCAGCAGGUCCCUGGCUGCCUCAGAUAUCUGUAGCGGGAAAACAGGAGCUGUGAACCAGAGGUGGGGGAGGGCUGAGAGCCUGGACACCUGGGAUCUCUCUCUAUUAUAGGGGACAUUAGAGGCACUGGUGUUGCUGCUCCUUCCUCCUUAAAACCCAGGAGUCUGGCCUCUUACCACAACCUUCCCCCCCCACACCCCUGUGCCAUUAAUCCUCCUCCCUUGGUGAAGAGGACAUUGCUGCAGCAGCCUAGUUUGGGGUGGGCAUAAAUCUUGGCUCGCCCCCCCCCCCAGUGGCCCUUGCUCUCCACUAAAUCAAUUGCCUGCAACUAGAAGCCUUUUGCCUCUGUUCCUGCCUCUGCAGGGGAUCCCCACAAAAGAGGCCUUUACUCCCAGUAGGCACCUUUGAUCUCUGGGUAAGGUUCCCCCUAUCCACCUAGCCAUGUGACAAGUUUGUUAAGUCUCAGUCUGCCUUUUAGCUGUGGGGGGGAGCAGGCACUCCUCCAUAAGAAUCAGUGGUUCCAGGUACUGUGUCAGAGCUGAGGACUCAGGAAUCCAGGGAGGGGGCAACAUGUCACCUUCAUCUUCUCCAGUCUGGCUACUGUGUGCAGCUGCUGCACUGUCUGUGGGCCUUGCCUGACCUGGCCACAGUCCCUUGCCUCCCCUGGCAUCUGUGGGCAGAGGGGGCUUGACGUAAGAACAGUCUGGGGCUUCUACCUCCCUCCAAUUCUGUCCAAAACAGCCUGCCCCCCCAACUCUAUUCAGCCAUGGCCCAGGGGAGAUCCCAGAUAGUGGGGCCCUGCCACUGAAAUGUGGCUACCUCGGGUGGGGCACAGCAGAGGCAGGCAUGUGCCCCCUUUUAUGCUUUUGUCAGUCAGGGGGUGGCAGGAGCACACAAGCACUUGGCAAGCUCCCAUCUUGCAGCCCCAGGUUCACUGGGGAGGCUAAAGCACAGGAUGGUCUGUGUUGGGGCUGGAACCGCGGGGGUCCUUGCUUCCAGGCCAAUAGCGCUAGACCUGACUCCCUUCCCAGAGCCUGGGGAGAACUCAGGAGUCUCAGGUCCCCCUCAGGCUGGCUCUGAAGAGACCCACACUGCCUCCCUGUAAGGAGUGACCUAGAAACCUCUACUCGGAGACGAUAAGAAGAGGAGAAUGCUAUGUGAAAAAUGCCCAUCUGCAAUGAUAAGGAGGAGACAGUCUUGGAUAAAGGGGGCUUGAAAACAAAAGAAGAAACAGAGUACUGGGUUAAAGGGCUCAUUAAAAUACUAAAAAUCACACCCCUAGGUGGGGAAAAAGUAUGCUAAUGAAACACACAUGUAUGUAAAUGAGAUACAUGGCUAAAACACAGGUAUAGAGACAUGCUCAGUAAAGAACUUCUUGCGUCACUCACUUAUAACCAAUCUUCGUUUGAUGAUUGGUUAUAAGUUAUAAGCACGCUUGCGAAGGCUUGAAAACUCCUGUAUAAAAGAUGCUUAGAAAUAGUGAUCUGGUGUGCUUGUUACGUGAAUUAUUCCGCUUGCACCUUUUAUUGCUCGCAAUAAACCUUCUUUGUACUUUCACCCCUGGUAUCUUUAUUGGCCUUUGCAUACUGGGCACGAUCCCAGACUUGAGCUGGGGCACAACAGUUUUUGGCGACCCAGAUGGGACUGCCAUAGAUAAGGCUUUGCCCAGACUAACUGACGACCAGACGACCGCUCCUCCAGAACGAAUGUCAGGCGCACCCCGGGAUCUCUUUUCCUGGUAAGACUUUUGCUUCAGGGGGAGCUGGAUUGCUGAGGCGGCAGUAGCCUAACGGUGCAACGCCAUAGAGUGAAAGUACCAGUAACAGGCACUUGGGUGAGAGGGUAGAAAGGGCAUAAGGCCUACCGUCAGUAUGCCUACCUGGGAUUAUCUCUGUAUAUAUUCUGUCUGGCCCGAGUCCAAGACCAGUGAUUUUUCCCCUGUGAGGAUGAGGACUAAGAACAGAUCCCUGGAUCCCAGGUAAGUCGGACGGUCAGAACUGGGAUGGCAGCCCUGAGUUGGGUACCGUUAACAGUAAGGUUAGGGAAUGUACCCCCCUCUCUUGUGUAUUGGGACAUUGGGCAGAGUUUGGUGGGGAUCCUAUGACUAAGAAGAAAGCUAAAUUCUUCUGUGAAACUGCGUGGCCACGCUAUAAGCUAGAUGAUCAAGAACAUUGGCCUCCGGAGGGAAGUGUUAAUUAUAAUACCAUCUUACAAUUGAUUUUGUUCUGCUGGCAGAAUGGUAAAUGGGAGGAAUUGAUGUAUGCGCAAGCGUUUAUGUCUCUCUGUAGGGAUAGAAAGGUUGUGGAUAAAUGUGGAUUGGGGGAGGGGGUUGGGAUCUGUGAGAUGGCAGUGGCUCGACCAACUGCAAAUCCUGUCCUGGAAUGUCCGGAGCCAGAGGUUCCACUCCCUUUGCCACCUCCACCUUAUUCUCCUCCUCUUCCCCCUCCUCCUCCUCAUUUGUCUGAUUCCUCGUUGGCAUCCGCUCUUCCUCCUUCCCCCCCUGAGGCGGAGGUUGAGAACACUCCCCGACCCAGGGAUCUGGAACAGCACCGACCAUGGCCAUCAGGUGCUUGGCAAUCUCCAGAACCCCCGACUUCUCCGGAUAUAACCCCGGGAGGUGGGUGGAGAGUACAGUUAGGAGCAGACUCCGGGGUUAAGGGAAAACAUCACAGGGAAUCUGAUCCUGGCCGUGGGAAGGAAAAUGGGGUAUUUCCCCUAAGAGAACAAGUGGUACCCGGGCCACUCGAAGAUGAUGGUGAGCCAACCUACCGUUGAAUCUUUGUGCACGUUCCUUUCACUACCUCAGAUUUGUAUAACUGGCGGAACAAUACCCCCAGCUUGAGAGAGGAUCCUGAAAAGGUACGAAACCUUUUUGAAACGAUUUUCAAAACCCAUAACCCAACUUGGGCAGAUGUUCAGUCUCUUUUAGAUGUCCUGUUGACACCAGAGGAAAGGAGGAUGGUAGUAAACAAAGCCCGUGAGUACGUGGAAAAGGAAAUUACCGCAGGGCGCCUACAUGGAAAUAAGGACAAUCAUGUCCCCACCCAGGAGCCAGAUUGAAACCCAGACCAAGAUAUGACUUCCAUCUGCGCCUAUCGAGAAUAUAUCCUCUGAGGAUUGAGAAGUGCUGUAAAAAAACCUCAGAAUCUCAGUAAGGUGUAUGAGGUUCGACAGGAGACGAAUGAGACCCCGAGUGCCUUCUUGGAAAGAAUCCACUACUUUCAGACAAUACACCCACGAGGACCCGGAGGAUGCAUCAAACGCUCGCAUGGUAAAUAUGAUCUUCAUAGGUCAGAGUGCACUGGACAUUAGGAAGAAAUUGCAGAAGACAGACGGAGCAGCAGCAGGUACGGGACGUGCUGCAGUCACAGGAUUAAUCUCCUGCCCCGGAAAACCGACUAUUACCUGGGAGUUACGCCCUUGUGAAAGACUGGAAUGAGGAACCACUUCGAGCCAGAUGGAAGGGCCCAUAUAGGGUACUCUUGACGACCCCGACGGCAGCAAAGCUCGAGGGAAUCAAGACUUGGAUACAUUCCAGUCGCCUAAAGCUGGUGGCUGGACCAGAACAAGAAGGAACCCCUGCAGACUCCGGGACUGGAGGCAGAGAACCGUGGAAGGUGGAGCCAAUAAGAGACUUAAAAUUCCUAUUCAGAAGAAAGGAACUUUAAAUAAUUUGUCAUUUUUUGAUCAAGUUUUACAGCCCUUAUCAUGAAAUUGGUCAAGGUUUUAUUGUGGGGCGUCCUGAUCUGUCCACUCCUUCUCAUAAGAGGGGAAAACCUUUUACAACAAAAAUUUGACCCUCAGGAAAAUGUCUGGAUUUAUCUGGCCCGGGAAAUUUUAAAUAGAACAGACUUCUGCUUAGCAGGAGGGAUCAAUGCUCACCUGGUUUUUACCUCAUGUUUAAUCGCAGUACCAACCCCUUUGAAAAUUUUACAAAAUUAUACUAUGCUGAAAGAUAUAAAUAAGGAAAGUACGUAUCAGAAUAUAUAUAAUUGGGGGACUAUUGUAAAAGAUAAAAGCAGAAACAUGUUUUCCUUACGGGUUCAGGCAACAGCUAAUGCUUCCGAAUGUUUCCUAAUGGUUAAUUGUACUGGUAACUCCCUUAAAUUGAACCAAGGUAAAAAUGUCCUCUGUAAUGAGACUGUGCGGGCCGGGAGCGAUCCGGGCCCUUUUGUGCACGCGGGCUGUGGCCAGCAGCUUGGGCACACGGGGUCGGAGAAAGCCGGAGGCGAGCUAGAAUUAGUCACGGACGCGUAAUGGUUGAUUCAAAGAUUGUUUACUUACACCAAAGGUGGUCGUGGUGUAGGCUGGACAGUUUUCCAGGUACAGCUCCGCUUAAAUCCUCGUUAGAGGACUACGACAAAUUCGUUCUUUCCCACGGAGUUGUUGAAGCUCCGCGGGUUCGGUAGUUUCUCGUGCAGGAAGGGAUACGUCUAGGAAUCUAUUGGCGAUGGGGAGAGGCCAGAGGCUGUUCAGUCCUCUGUUGCCUUUUAAGAAAUGCGUUGAGUCCGUAAGGAUCCGCAGCGCUUAGAGAUCUUCACGCAAGGCGAAGGUUUCUCUCUCACUCUAAUUUCUCUCCAACUUGGGCGGAAACCACCCAAGCUCUUUAUACGGCUAGCAAGCCAAUCGCUAGCCGCCACGUGUGCAUAUUUUAGAACUGGCCAAUAAUGUGGCUCGAAUUUUCAUACAAAUGGCGGGAACUCCUUGCACCGAGCAUUUCUUAGAUGCAAAAAGAAAUGCACCAUGCAAAGAAAGCUUCAAAUUGGCGGGAAAUUCUCCGUUGCACCGGGGUUCUCUUCUGCAGCAGAAAACUCCACCGUGCAAAGAAGCUGCAAUUUAGCGGGAAAAUAAUUUAGCAGUGCCGAAGCGCACACAAACAAAAAAUCACAACUUUGGGUUGUGACAGAGACCAGUCAAAUAUCCAAUACUUACCUGUUUUUAUAUCUAUCUUCAGGCCUAAGGUAAAUCAAAUGAUUUUACAAACAAAGAAAGCUGAUGAUACUAGAUUUGUGUUAAACCAAAUUGAAUGGAGCAAUUAUAAUAAUAAUUAAAAAUGCUCCAAAGGGGGGAAAUGUAAGGAGGGACCUAGAAACCUCUACUCAGAGAUGAUAAGAAGAAGAGAAUGCUAUGUGAAAAAUGCCCAUCUGCAAUGAUAAGGAGGAGACAGUCUCGGAUAAAGGGGACUUGAAAGCAAAAGAAGAAACAGUUCUGGGUUAAAGGGCUCAUUAAAAUACUAAAAAUCACACCCCUAGGUGGGGAAAAAGUAUGCUAAUGAAACACACAUGUAUGUAAAUGAGAUACAUGGCUAAAACACAGGUAUAGAGACAUGCUCAGUAAAGAACUUCUUGCGUCACUCACUUAUAACCAAUCUUCGUUUGAUGAUUGGUUAUAAGUUAUAAGCACACUUGCGAAGGCUUGAAAACUCCUGUAUAAAAGAUGCUUAGAAAUAGUGAUCUGGUGUGCUUGUUACGUGAAUUAUUCCGCUUGCACCUUUUAUUGCUCGCAAUAAACCUUCUUUGUACUUUCA